AUGAUUCGCAGCACAACUAAGAACUUUUGUAGAUCCGAAGAUGGCGAGAAGAAGCUUGGGAUCAGCGAGAAGGUUGAAAUGGCAUCUAUAAAUGCAUCGACGAAUAUUUUGGAACGUGUACAUAAAACCGGUUUGGAUGAUUUGUUCGAGCGCAGUGAUGCCAAGAAGACCGUCGUCAGAGAAGUGGUAGAUGUUUUAUUUAUGUCGGACCAUACCUCCUCUGAAAAGUUGAUUUGGCUGAAGUCGUCUUCUUCUGCAACUGUGCGCGAAAUCCCUGUGAUUCGAUCUUCUGCAGUACCAUCAGCCGUGUUGGAGUGCAGCAUGCCAUCUCUUAGUGGUCACCACCAUGAGGAUGUUCAGGAUGAGUACUAUCGUCGUGAAAUAAUGACAAAAACCAUAAUUACAAGAAGCACCGAAGCUUUAUCGCAGCAGCCACCGCUUGGACAUUCGUCACCCAUUGAUACUCUUCGUAACUCUCACAUGAAGUUUUAUGAUCCUGGUACUCAUGAGGAGAGAACAGUGACAAUUACAUAUCACCGUGACAUUGAAGAAGAAGAGCGGAAAGUUAGGGAGCAACAAGAUAGAAGGAGGAAAGAGGAGGAGGAAAGACGAAGAAGAGAAGAGGAAAGCCGACGUGCAUGGGAAUUACGCGAACGAGAGCUUCUCGAACGUUUGAAAUCAGACAGGGAAAGGAAGCAAAAAGAUCUAGAACAUUCUAUCCUGGAAAAGGAAAGAAUAGAAAAGGAGCGCAUCGAAAAGGGUCGUUUGGAACGAGAGAAGGCAGAAAUGCGGAGGCGUGCUGAAUGGGAAAGAAUGGAAAACGAACGUCGAGGGCUAGAAGAGGAAGAUCUGGCAAGGAAGAGGCAAUUAGAGAAAGAACGCUUAGAAAAGGAAAGAGAUGAAGAGGAGAAAAGAGAACGGCAACACAUCGAAAAGGAGAGAGAACAUUUGGAACGCAUGCGGGUCGAGGAGGAACGAAGAGAACAUGAACGCCUUGAGAAGGAUAGGAUUGAACGGGAACGAAUUGAAAGAGAGAAAAUAGAAAUUGAACGAAUAGAAAGGAUAAGGAGGGAACGCGUUGAGAGGGAACGCAUAGAAAAGGAGAAGGAAAAAGAAGAGCAAGAAAGACUGCAAAAAGAAAAAGAAGAAUUAGAACGACUGGAAAGAGAAAGGCGAGAACUGGAAAUCAAAGAAAGAGAGUUGAUUGAAUUACAACGGAGGGAAGCACAAGAGCGUGAAAAACAGAGGCUUGAGGAUGAGGCGCGAGAGAUGCGGCGUAGAGAAGAGGAACGUCGCGAAGCAGAGCUUCUCGUUAACAUUCAAAGGCAAGCAGAGGAGCGUGAAAGACUACGUCGAGCACAAGAGAGGGAAGAAAAGGAGCGACUUGAUCGUAUUCGAAGAGAGCAGCAGAAAGUGGAAUUGGAGAGAGCGGAGGCAGAACGGAGGGAAAGAGAACGCAUAGAGGAUGAAAGAAGAGAAAAAGAAUUGCUAGAGGCGCAAUUAAGAAAAAAGGAACAGCGUGAACGGGAACGCUUGGAAGAUAUGGAGAGGGAAAACUUUCUGCAAGAAGAGGAAAUGAGAGAGAAAGCACGGAGGGAAGUAGAGCGACGAGCAGCAGCAGAAAGAGAGAGAGUGAGAAGGGAAGAGGAAGAGAAGGAGAGGCUUGGUAUGUACGAAUUGGAGCGAGCUGCAGCAAAUCGGAAACUCCAGCGGCAAGUCGACUUAGAAAAGGAAAGACAAAGAGAAGAACUCGACAAGAAAGCUAAUGAAAUUGCUGAAAUGGAAAUGAGGGCAAAUGAGCGACGGGAAAUAGAACGACUAGAAGAUGAGCGGAGUCUAGCAGAACUUAGAGAGAAAGAACGUAGAAAUCAUGAAAUCAGGGAGCAAGAAAGGAGAGAUGCAGAGGAAAGAGCUGCUGCCCGCAAACGUGAGGACAGACUUUCGCGGGAAAAACUUGAUAUGAUUGUGCGUGAGCGAUCGAGCAAGGAACGUUUUGAGCAGGAAAAGCGACGUCUCUUAGCUGAGAAAGAAGGUCUGCGCAACAAAUAUCAUCAUCUAACAUCGAGCCAGACUCUGCAAAAAUUGGCAAGUCCAGCUUACUUUUCCCGUGGAAAUCUUUCAAGUCCGGAAUUCACUACAAAAAUUGAGCGUCAGGUUAUUGAACGCAUGGAUCACAAUGUAUGGGUUGACGACAUGCGGAUUCCAUCUCACCAAACGGUUUCUUGUUCCCUAAACUCUACAAAUGAGGAGAACUUGCGUGAUAGAAUCUACAAUCCCAACGAUUUUAAUAGAAAUAGCUCCGCACGGAUGACACAUCUGUUCUGCAUUCCACAGGGGGCACUCCGUUUCUUUCAUCGACGUUUCUCGAGGGAAAAGCAGCAUUCGGUCGACCUUACCACCAUGCAUUCCUUUCGCAUAUCCGUCAUGCCUGGUGCCAGUUCGGUCAACCGAUAUGUUGCUUUAAGAACUAGUCGAUACCGAGCCAAAAUGGAAAAGGCCCGUCGGGAGUUCAUUGUUGGCGGUCCGGAAUCAGCAGACCCAGAUUCAGUAACGGACCACUUCCGCCGUUCACAUGAAGAUGUUGGCUCACGACUAAGGCGUGACUUCCGUGGUCCUCUACUGCAAAAAUUUCAUGGUGGGGAAUUCAAGUCAAAAAUUAACGUCGACAAUAUCCCCUAUGCUAGAGUUGAACCCAGUCCCUAUGCACAAGAGUUUGAACGUCUCUUGGAGGAAACGGAACGAAAAUACACCACUUAUCGUAUGAGGAUGUCACAACCCAACCUCUAUAGUAGGUCACGAUGUUGGAGCACGAACUAUCUUGAAACUGACGUCGAUACUGGGAAACCCGAACUGACAUAUGUGACUAAAGAGAUCGAAGAAACUAACUUGGAUGACGUGCACCGUCGAUCGGGCUCAGUUGUUGAUUACCGUCAGAGCAGACGAGACAAAGCUGAGGAAAACAUGAAUACAAUACAUCUGAGGAGUCGCAGUGCAGAUUACCUUAUGGACAAAAGAACUCGAGAGGAAAGUGCACCACCGGAGAAUGAACUGCAAAAGACGUUAGGUGAUUCUUUAUUGAAAACGUCACAUGUUUGCGACCAUGGAAUGCGUUUCCGGAAAUCUACUGAGAAACUAACAGUACCUAAUUGGUAUCUGGAGAACCGUGCGACUACGCGUCCUUCUGAUGUGAAUGCCGUUAUACACCGAGAUACGAAUAUCCAAUCUGCUCAAAAUUUCACCAGAUCAAGAAUUGAUUUUCCGAAAGGAAUGUUUGACCGUUACAAGGAAGAAAUUGAAGAUAUGCGACGAUCGAAAUCCUCAUUGCAUCAGAUUGCGAAGGAUCAACGCCAGAACGAAGUCAAGCAGCGUAGCUAUCCUAACUACACUUUAUCGGAUAUGUCAAGGGAAUGGAUUUUUGAUGAAAAGGCAGAACUGUGUUCCUUGAACAGCAACGCUCGCGUAGCGAAGGCAGCAGGCACAUUUCCUGAACAUAAUCAAGUCGAUGACAGCGCAGGAAAUGCUUACGGGACGGAAACAAGUGGUGGUUUCAUGGGGCGAGGGUCGGACAAUAGGGUGGGUGAGACACCGCUUUCCAAACUGAGACCUCAAGUCGGCGGCGAGUGGCUGAAACGAGAUCCGGCAGCGCGUUGUGGUGGAGGAGAUGAACGGCACCAGCAAUGGUUGGACAGAUUUUUUCAACAUGAAGAAGUGGAGACGGUGCUCAUCACCUUUGCACUCACUCAAAAGACCGCCGUCCAGGGAAUCAGCAAGGAUAAGUACAACCAGGGGAUGGACGAGGUAGCCCGACUGAAGGAGCUAGACUACACAGCACUGAAGACGCUACAGUUCGUAGCAGAACUUCAAGAUUCAUCGCUCCGUGAAGUUUGUCUCGGAAUGCUCAGUCGACUAGAUACGCAUGCAGAAGAUGCGCCGUUGACGAUAGAAGACCUCGUUGCUGGAUGUGCAAAUUUCACCGCAUUGAAGAUGGACAACACAAAAAAAGAAUGUGAAGUGUUCCAAUUGUGGAGGAUCGCACUGGAGAAGCACAUGUCCGCUUCUCCCCUCCAACACUGGGCAGAAGUUGCGACAAAACCCAGGAAGACGAUUUUACCGUCGCAAGGGAAGCCAGUGCAAGAAUGUUGUCACCUUCACUGCUGA